AUGCAGCGACAAAGGAGUAAGAGGGUGAAGUUCUCGUCGUCGGACGACGAGUACGAUGGGUACAUGACCUAUCGACCUCUUUCCAAUCUUCCCACACCGCCACCAUCGUUGAGGUCCUCGGCAGCGCAGAGUCCCAAGAAUCCGUUGGAAGACGGAGAGCGGUUAAAGCCCAGAUAUCUAGGGCCUGCCAUCCACCUCGUCAACCUCAUCCCAGCCGCCGCCUCUCUCGCAACACCCUCCGUCCCCCUCGUCCAAGCAAUCCUCAGCCGCGCCAACCUCCCCCUCGAAUCCAUCGCCCUCGCCGUCUGCGUCCUCGACGCCCUCGACAACCGCUUCGCCCUCUCCUGGCGGCUCUCGUGCCCCCUAACCUCCGUUCCCACCUUCCCCUCCUCCUCUUCGAACAAGCGGCACACCCUCCCGAGCAGCCCGCGCGAGCAGCAACUCCACAUCGACUCCGUCUACCCCGAACUCAUCAUCCUCGCCGCCCUCACCAUCGCCGUUAAGUUCCUCGACGACCCGCACUCGUCGACGAGGUAUUACUGCUCUGCGUGGGGCGGGGACAUCUGGUCGUGUCGGCAGCUUAAUGUUACGGAGAGGUGUAUUAUGGAGAAUCUGAACUAUCGCAUCCUGCCGCUUUGCGAGGACGAUUUGCUUACGGAUGCCAUGGUGGAUAUGCAGCUUGCUGUCAGGCAGGGGGGGUUCUAUCGCGAGGAGAAGGAUUUUCGGCCCGAGGCGAGUGCGUAUCUGAGUCCGGCUGACGACUCGGGUGAAGAUGACGCGGGGGAUGAAGAGGAGGAGGAGCGUGAGGGCCUGUAUGACGGCAGGCGUGGGAGGGCGGUAGUGGGGUUGGGUCUCAAUCUGACGCCAGCUGAAACACCUCGGUCAUAA